AUGGGCAGUCUCAAGCAGAAGCCAGCCUUGUAUAUCCCCCCAGAGGGGAUCUCCUUCCGCCUCGCCGGAUUUGCGAGCUCCUGUGUUUUAUUCUCCCGCCACCAUGAGUCUCCAUCCUUUGGCCAUUUCCCUCUCGGUGAGAUAUACGCCGACCAGUGGUGGCAGCUGGUUCCGGGGUCCGGAGAGCACGAAGGGCGGUACUUGAUCAAGAGCGAUCGGACCAAGGAAGUGAUUUGGUCUCGAACCAACAUGAAACCCUAUGUCGGAACCAUCGAUGUUUCGGGCGGCAGCUACUCUGACAACUGGUUUGUACUCGAGCCAGGCACCGGGAAGCUCACCAACUACUUUCGACUAGUCUGUCCCUACUCCAACACCGUCCUGUUCUCGCGCACCCACAUGUCCCCAGAGGUUGGGAACUUCCACGCAGACGGCGACAAGUACGACGACCAGUAUUUCCACUUUUUGUUCGAGGACAUGGACGUUGAAAGCAUUCACUUCGACGUCGACAAAGGGGAGAUAGUGAACUCGGUCCCACUCGUGAUUGCUCGGCAGCGACUGGUCAAUGACACCUCGGUGCCCCAGAGCCUUUCUUCAACAUUCACCAAGUCAGAGCAGCGGGAGUCGUCGUUCGAGUAUACCCGCGGCUUCGCGGUCACAGUGGGGCUUGAAUUUUCCGCUGGCAUACCCAUUGUGGCCGACGGCAAGAUCAGCGUGUCAACGACCGUCAGCAGCGAGUUCAAGUGGGGAACAACGACCACAACCACCGAGUCAUUCUCAGACACCUUCAAUGUCACUGCGCCGGCGAACAGCAGCGUCAUUGCCUCCGCGACCGUCCAUCGAUACGAGCUCAGUGUACCAUACACCAUGACUUUGAAGUCUCGGGCCACGGAGUACGAGAUCAAGACGGAGGGUGUGUAUCAUGGAGUCAGUUUCCACGACCUCGUUUGCCACUAUUCGGAACCAGAGGAUAAGAAUAAGAAAUGA